UUCGGUCUGUAUGUGCAGCUGAGAUGCACAGUUCUGUGAAAUUAACCACAUCGUUUUGCAUACAUCAGGAGAAAGAGAGGAAGGUGACAAAGGAAGAAGCAAGUGCCCUUGCGAACGCCAAAGGGUAUUUGUUUGUGGAAUGCAGUGCAAAAACACGACAAAAUGUGGAGAAAUGCUUUCAGGAUCUCGCAGAAAAGAUACUGCAAGUUCCUAACCUGGUGGAGAAUGCUAAGAAUACAUCGAAACCAAAACCGAAACCGACGCAAACUGCAACACCAAAACCCAAUGGGUGUUGUACGAUUCAGUGACAGAUCUUAAAUAAGUGAUGCUGUUGGAUUGGAUGCUCUGAAAUGAGGUAAAUGCAUGUGUACCAACUUCUGAAAACAGCAGUACUCUUAUCUAAAAUCCUAUGUUAUCUUUCCGAAGCUUAACUCACAUCUCUCUUUUGGAGAAUUGUAUUCUGCAUCGCGUAGCAACGCGAGAUUACUCUUAGUCCUCUUUUC